AUGCUUUCAACGACAGAGUCGGUUACGCCAAACGAUAAGCCGGCUGCGGCCAUACCGAAUCUGCGAGACCGUCUGCCGAAACUGGAACCUCGUCGCCGACAACAACCCGCGUCGAACCCUAUUCCUGUGCCCGAGACCCCAGAUCUACCUUCCCCGCCAGACCUCUCGACCUUAACCUUCAAGAAACCCUCGCGACGCAUCCUCUCUUCCAAAGAUCAUGAUCUGUUCCUCGCCUCACCAACCUACAAGCUUGUUGUAGCCUUCGUCUUCAGCCUCACCGAAUCCGUCGUCGACACCCCCGCCUCCGCUAUCCAUGACAGCGACCUGAGCCCAGCCGUUAAAACCCUCCUCAACAUCCUCACCAAAGUGCAAGACGUUGUCCACCGCAGCCCACCUGAAGAACAAGGCGAUUCCCGCUUCGGCAACAAAGGCUUCCGCGAUUUCCUCGAUCUGGCAGCAGAGGAACACACGGAAUGGCACAAGCAGCUCGGCAUCACCUCUUCUUCCGCCAUCACCGAACUCUCCACCUACCUCCUGCAAUCCUUCGGCAACCGCACACGCAUAGAUUACGGCUCCGGGCACGAGCUGAACUUCAUGCUCUGGCUGCUCUGCCUUUACCAACUCGGUAUCGUUACGCGCUCCGAUUUCAAAGCCCUGGUGCUUAGAGUCUUCACGCAGUACCUGUCGCUGAUGCGGAUCAUACAAUCGACGUACUAUCUUGAACCUGCAGGCUCGCAUGGCGUUUGGGGACUGGAUGAUUACCAAUUCCUUCCCUUCCUCUUCGGGUCUUCGCAGCUUUUACACCACCCUUUCAUCCGUCCCCUUUCAAUCCACCAAAACCUCACCCUGGAGGAAUACGGCAAUGACUACCUCUACCUUGGGCAAGUCAACUUCGUAAACAGCGUCAAGAAUGUGGAAGGGCUGCGCUGGCAUAGCCCCAUGCUCGACGACAUCUCGUCUGCGAAGUCAUGGAUUAAAGUCGAAGCCGGUAUGCGGCGCAUGUUCGUCGCCGAAGUGCUCAGGAAACUUCCCGUCAUGCAGCACUUUUUAUUCGGAAGUAUGAUACCGGCUGUGGAGGAGAUGAGUACGGAAGAGGAGUAUGGUGUUCCUAGUGAAGAGGAAGAUCCUGAGGGGGGCGAGACGGUGGUUAUGGUUGAUGGCAUGAGACAUGUGCAUCAGAUGAAUAGCUGGGGAGACUGUUGCGGGAUCAAGGUGCCGAGCAGUGUUGCUGCUGCAUUAGAGGCGAAGAAGCGGGGGGUAGGGGGGCAGGCACUUAGGCGGAUACCAUUCGAUUAG